AUGGACAACAGCGAUCCGACGCGGCCAAGAGUUAAUGUUCGCUUGCGUGUCGCCAACGCCUGCGACGGCUGCAAGGCGCAUAAAGUCAUCUGCAAGUGCAAUCUGACCUCAGAGAUGCUCACUGGCACCGCCUAUAUCUUUUCCCGGGUGAUGGUAAGAAUACAUGGUUUCAAGACCUUUAUGACUGACGCCUUCUCGCCUCAGUCAAGUGUGACGGCGCCCUUCCUUGUGCAUAUUGCACCCGCCGGAAACGGUCGUCAACAUGCCACUAUUCGCCUCAGCAAUCACGCCGUACAUCGUCGCCUAGAACGCACCGGCCAGCACGCACCUUCAGGGGAGACCGUGCAUCAUCAGCGACAAGAUCAGAAAGCCAUUCAGAUAAAAUCGCCAGUCUACCGCGAGACGCAAAGUGAUACGCAAAGGGGCUCUUCGCCUCUGGCUACCCCAGACCCGGUAGCGUGUAUCGAGCCGUCGCCCGAAGAUAGGCGCGAGCAACAGGAACGACAGUGGGACGCAGCGAAGAGCGCGGAUGUCCGAGACGACGAGCCUGAGGUUCCGAGAGAGGCAAGGCUGCUGUGCGAUUCGCAGGGAAAGCUCAUUUUCAUCGGAGACUGUGCCCCUCUUUCCUUGUUCCAGACUGUCCGUCAAAUCGUCAACUCGCGCGUGGACCCAGGAGCAUUCGCCCUGCAAACAGGCUAUUCGCCUGUUCUCAAGGAUGAGAAAGCACCACAGCCAUUACGAGACGCCAGUGAGGACCUGCAGGUUCGGAUGGCGGACAUCCCCCGAGUCGUGUUGGGGUAUGAGUCGGCCAUACAGACCACCGGCCUCGUGGAUCUCUUCUCACAUGUCAAUCUCUUGAAUGAUGUUACCUCCUGGGCUGCCCAUUCACCACGACCGGGCAACCCUAUGUUCUGUGUUUAUAUGCUUGUCCUUGCAAUAGGAUAUCAGGAGACGAACGAUGAGCUCGCGGCUAGUUACUUCGAGCUUGCACGCAACAAUGCGCUUGCACGAUUUGGAGGGAACUCCGAUGUUGCAACUCUUCAGACAUUUGUCCUAAUAACACUUUACAUGUUAGGCUCUUGUCAGUCCAACAGCGCUUUUUUGUACUUCGGCACCGCUGUGCGAGUCGCCCAUUCGAUCGGGAUCCAUAGAACAGAGAUGAACGCUCGUUUUGGACCCGCGAUUCAGUGCCACAGGGACCGAUUGUGGACUUCUCUACGUGUCUUGGACCUUUAUCUCUCUGCUUCUAUGGGUCGCCCGCCAGCAACAUCGGAUAUCGACUGCACUGUGUCAUACGUCGCCAUGGAUGAACGGAGAUGUGAGAAUAUCGACCUUCUCAACGCCUCCUCGCAGAUCUUCCUCAUCAUGGAAGCGAUCGUCAUCGAGGUCUACUCUCGCAGAAAGGUGUCUUACCAGCUGACAGAGGGGAUAUGCUGUCAGCUUCGGGAGUGGUCGACGCGCUGGCUGCCUAAGCUGAACACAAUCGUUGGGCAAGCAAUUAACACAGCCGACGGCGCUCACGAUAUCAAUGACGGUCAAGAAGGUCAAAACGAGACCAAGCACCAGGACGUUAGACUUGUGAGCGGGGCUUGUCAGGUCUUAUGUUGUUAUUACUACGCGGUCAUGUUGGUAUCGAGACCUUUCCUGAUGUACGAGUUGCAAAAGCGGCUUGAGGACGACACCACUUCGGCUACGUAUAGCAAAAGCAGCCCGAUUUCCGGGAAGUCCAAGCUUGCAGACGCCUGUGUUGAUUCCGCCAGCUUUAUGGUUGACCUGGUAACCUCUCUGAUGUCGAAGCGUUGCCUCAAUGGUCACAGGCCUGUGGUCGUCUCCUGGCUGUUUGCGUCCUCUCUCGUGCUGGGUGCCGGUCUCCUGGGCUCCUUCGGCCGCAUCGAAAAAUAUAUGCGCAACGCGAUCCAAGCCUUGGAGAAAUUCGGCACCACUGAUGCCCACGCCCUACAAUAUUCUCGCAUUGCGCGCUCUUUCCUCGAUUCUGCGUUAGAGUAUCAAGAACGAAAGGAGAUGCACAGUCGUCUUCAACGGACCGCGCACUCGUCCCAACUCUUUGGCCUAGUCCGCAUUUCUCACCACGACGACCAGGGCGUCGUGACGAGGACACGCGAGAAUACGCGCGAUGACUCUCGAACAAUCACCAGUAAUAGGCCAACAGGGGCGACGACGGAACACGCCAGCCUUAGCCACGACGUGUGUACUGUCGCGCCGGACUACAUCGGUCUACGAUGUCCCGAAUCUCCGCAUGUUGACAUGGGCCUUAAUUCAUCGUUAUCGUUGUUGGAGAGCGACAGGCCAAAUUCGGCAUCAGCUAGCGUUCAACUCGAUGGAUGCGGAUCCAAGCAAUGGAUAGCUGACGAAGUGACGCUCAACUUGUUUGGCUUUUUGAACGAGCCAGGAGACCUUAACUUCGGCUUUUCAUCAAGGCCUAAAACAACACCUUUUAGCCAACAUUCUCACCGUUUCGGUGAUUCGGUUAAAGAUAAAUAA